AUCUUGACGGAACAAGUUAAAUUGAGCGUAAACUUUGAGUUUGCGCCACUUGCUGCGGGUUAAAAGGGUGGAAUAGCGGGACAGGUGCCUGACAGUCAGGGUGAACGCUGUUGUCUUUACACCUGCGUUUGUUUCCCAGUGUUUGCCUGUGCAGGUAAGCUGGCAGUGAGUGAAUAUGAGGUUCAGCGCUGUUCUCGUGUGUGUGUUCCUGCUUUGGGUUGAGGGGUCAUUGGGGGACACACCAGCUAAUUGCACCUAUGAAGACCUGCUGGGGACAUGGGUGUUCCAGGUGUCCAAAGGGGGACACGACAAGACCGUCAACUGCUCUGCUGAAGCCACAGGUGAGAGCACAGUGACUGUGACGCUGGAGAAACUGUCUGUAGCCUCAAAUGAGCUGGGAACCACAGGCUUCUUCACCCUCAUCUACAACCAGGGCUUUGAGGUGGUGCUCGGUGACUACAAAUGGUUUGCCUUUUUCAAGUACACCCAGGAAGGCUCCAAGGUGACCAGCUACUGUGACCAAACCCUGCCAGGAUGGGUCCACGAUGUGCUGGGACGCAACUGGGCCUGUUUUGUGGGGAAGAGGGUGAAGCCUGUGCCGCCCAGAAUAGAUUCUAAGCCAGUCUUCAGCAGCGGACUGCUCCCGAAGCCGUAUAAACACAACUGGGACUUCAUUGAUUUAAUCAACACCGUUCAGAGCUCCUGGAAGGCUGUGGCGUAUCCUGAGCAUGAGAUGUACACUUUGCGAGAGCUGCAUUACAGAGCAGGCGGCCCUGCCUCUCGUAUCCCUGUACGCGUUCGCCCUGCUCCUGUGGAAGCUGGUUUAGCCAAGAUGGCGGCAGCCCUCCCCGAACACUGGGACUGGAGAAACGUUGAUGGCGUCAGCUUUGUUACCCCUGUGAGAAAUCAAGGAUCCUGCGGCAGCUGCUACUCCUUCGCCACCAUGGGAAUGCUGGAAGCUCGAGUUCGGAUCCUGACCAACAACAGCGACAGCCCUGUCCUCAGUCCUCAACAAGUGGUCUCCUGCUCUGAAUACGCUCAAGGUUGCGAUGGGGGCUUCCCUUACCUGAUUGGGAAGUAUGUACAGGAUUUCGGCAUUGUGGACGAGUCUUGCUUCCCGUACGUUGCAAAGAACACUCCAUGUGGCGUGCCUGCAAACUGCGGCCGAAUGUACACCGCAGAGUAUGGAUACGUAGGCGGAUUCUACGGUGGCUGCAGUGAGACGGCCAUGAUGUUGGAACUGGUCAAGAAUGGACCAAUGGCUGUUGCUUUCGAGGUGUACCCUGACUUCAUGAACUACGAAGGAGGCAUCUACCACCACACAGGCCUUGCAGACUCCAUCAACCCCUUCGAGCUGACCAACCAUGCAGUGCUGCUGGUGGGCUACGGCCGCUGCCAGAAGACCGGACAGAAGUACUGGAUUGUCAAGAACAGCUGGGGUGCCAAUUGGGGCGAGGAUGGCUACUUCCGAAUUCGCCGGGGAAGUGACGAGUGCGCUAUCGAGAGCAUCGCAGUCGCAGCCAAACCCAUCCCCAAACUGUAGAUGCUUUUAAGUCAAAAUCAGAACAAAUUAGUGCCUUGAUCACAAUUCUGCAUCCUUUAAAUUGAAUGUAUUUCGUUUCAAUCUUGGUUGAAAAUAUGGAACUGCAAAUUGAUCACAUGGAACGCUGUGGUCUGGCUUCCUCUCGUUGUACUAAACUGGUUGACCCAGUACAUGCAUAAAGGCGUGAAAAGUUACUGAUUGAAGUUUUAACGGAAACAUUUCCUUGGUACUUCCUUUUAGUGUCUUUAGAGUUUUAAAUGUACUGAAACUGAAAAGGGUAGGAUUGUUCACCAGUUUUCAAAAUCUGACAUGCUUAUAGAAGUCUAAAAUUAUGAGAUUGAUACCUAUGAAUAAAUCAAGCUGAUGUUGAAACACAGGAGUGUUUCAACAUCAGGAGUGUUUCUUCUACAUUUUAAUGACCUGGAUACAACUGAUUUGCUUCUUGACGUUGAAUGUUUUUUUGUUUUGUUUUGUUUUGUUUUUUUUCCAGUGUUCCUUCUUUUCUCCAAUUAUGUUUACUGAUUUUUAUGCUGUUGGUAAUCAGCCACCUCCUAAAUCCAUGCUGUUACUGCCAACACAAACCAGAAUGGAUUGAUCGUGUUGUAACGGGUUGUAAAUUCCACAUUGAAGAUUUAAAAGGGAAAUGAUUUAUCCGUGUGUUUUUUGUCAAUUGUCCGGUGCAGGACAUUUUUCUCUGAUUCAGGGAAGCACUGCAGAGAAUUGAUGUGUCUUUGGUCUCUGCUUCCAAUUUGACAUCAUUGCUGCCAUGUUUCACAGUGGAUUGCUCCCUGUGGAGCAUUCAAAGAUAAUUUCUGUCAAUAAAGGGAUGCAUCACUUUGCAAAAAACAAAAUGUGUUGUUUUUUUUUUUUUUUUUUUGUAUCGAUAUGUUUUUUGUUGUUGUUUGGUUAAAGUAAAAUGCUUGACUUUGUUUAGAAAUCCUUUUAAGUGAUUUGCCUCUAGGGCUUUAUGUUGAUCAGUUUAAGCACAAAUUUGGUAAAAGGCAACGACAAGUAAAUAAUAUUCUGUGAUCAGUGCA